AUGCGGGGGGGAACAAGUGCUAUGCGGCAAUAUUGGAAGCGAUGUUUUGACUCGAACAAUGAACAGAGCAAGAGACAAAUGAUAGAAGGGGGAACAAGUGGUCCUAUAUUCUCACUAAGUGUUACAAAGUUUGACCAAGCAGUAUCUCGAAGUAUCCUCACUGAGAUGUUUGUGACUGAAGAGCUAGCUUUCCGAUUUGUAGAAAGAAAUAUGUUUCAAAGGCUAUUGCAUAGCUUGCAACCUAAGUUUAAAAUCCCUUCGCGUACUACAUUGACCCGUGAUAUACUUUCUUUUUAUGAAACAGAGAAAAUGAAGUUACAAAGUUAUUUCUCUCAUCAUUGUCAAAAAGUGUGCCUUACAACUGACACUUGGACAACAUCGAGUCAAAAUUUGACUUAUAUGUCUCUAACGGCACACUUUAUUGACAAUGAUUGGAAGUUGCAAAAGAGGAUAUUGAAAUUUUUCCGGGUUGAGGGUCAUUCAGAAGAAGUACUUGGUAGAGCUAUUGAAGGUUGUUUGGAUGCUUGGAAAUUGCAUCAAGUUUUUACUGUAACGGUUGAUAACGCAACUUCUAAUGAUGGUGCAAUUUUAUACUUGAAAAAGAGAUUAAAUGCAUGGAAUAGUCUUGUUUUAAAGGGGGACUAUCUUCAUAUGCGUUGUUGUGCUCAUAUCCUAAAUUUGAUAGUGAAAGAUGGCUUGAAAGAGAUUGAUGAUUCAAUUACAAGAAUUCGCAAUGCAGUAAAAUAUGUCAAAUCAUCUCCUAUGAGAUGUGAAAGCUUCAAAGCGUGCAUUGAGCUGGAGAGCAUCAAUUAUAAAGGACUUGUUUCUUUGGAUGUCGAAACUCGGUGGAAUUCGACAUAUUUAAUGUUGGAAGCAGCAUUAAAGCUUCGAGCAGCGUUUGAUUUGCUUGAGUUGCAAGAUGAUAAAUAUAUUAAUGAGCUGAGCAAAUCUUAUGGUGUGCCUACGGAUGAUGAUUGGACUUAUGCGGAGUCAAUUUUACCAUUCUUGAAAAUAUUCUAUGAUGCUACAUUGCGCAUUUCUGGGAGUUUGUAUGUCACUAGUAAUAAAUGCAUGAAAGAAGUCUUUAGCAUCGGAAGAAAAAUCAAGUUGCAUUGUGAAAAUACUGAUUUGAGCAUAAGGUUAAUGGCGUCCAAGAUGCAAAGGAAAUAUGACAAGUAUUGGGGAACUCCAAAUGUCAUUAACAUGUUGUUGUUGAUUGCAAUUGUGCUUGAUCCAUGUCACAAGUUGGAUUUUGUAAAUUGGAUUUUGGAUGAGUCAUUUGGUGUUGAAAAGGGAGAAGAACUCAAGUCAAAAUUGUCUACUUGCUUGAAUUCCCUUUAUAAUCACUACCAAGGCAAAGAAGAUGAAUCUCAAAGCAAUCAAGAUGCAAUGAUCAAUGAAGAGGAUGAAGAUGAUAUCUUGAAUAUUUAUUUGCAGUCAACUGGACGUGAUUCAGAUGCUAAAUCUGAACUUGACAGAUAUCUGAAAGAAGAUUGUGAGCCUAGAAACAAGUCGGCGGAGUUGGAUAUUUUGGGUUGGUAG